CUCCCUCUGUGUGUCUCUGUGUGUGUCCCUGUCUGUGUGUCCCUCUCCGCCGCGUGACCUCUGACCCCGGCGCCGGGAGCGACGGCCGGGCGGAGCCGCGGGGUGGAGGGGAGCGGAGGGGAGCGGAGGGGAGGCCCCCAGCCCGUCCUGUCCGGCGCGAUGUGAAAGUCAGCCAGCUGGUCCUCUGGUCCUCAAUGGUGUCUUCGCCACCUGGUUACCAUGACGCCGAGCCGAGGUAUGUGGGGAUGAAGAGGGAGACGGGUCCCCCCUCCCGCCGCCAAGCUGGAGACCGGCCCUCAGACAGCCCUUCCUCCCUCCCUCCAUUUGGCUCCUGCGUCUUCUUCCCAUCUGGGAACCCGGCUCAUCCCGAGAUGCCCAAGCCCGACUCCCGGGUGGGCGCCCCGGCCCGUCCCCGGCCUGUCCCGGGCGGCCCCCCUCCCCACCAGCAGCGAGCGUGACGGCCCCGGAGCCUGACCUGUGCGGACCCCGGAGCUGCCGGCUCAAGGCUGGUGUGACAUCAUGGGGAGCUGCUGCAGCUGCUUGGACAAAGAUGGCAUCCCAGAUGACCACCCCACCAAGUUCAAGGUGUCAAACGUGGACGACGCGGGCACAGAGCUGGGCACUGGGGUCAUGGAAUUGACCCGCUUGGAACUGGUGCUGCAUAUGCCCGGGCGCGAAGCCGUCCGCUGGCCUUACCUCUGCCUGCGCCGCUACGGCUACGAUGCCAGCCUCUUCUCCUUCGAGAGUGGGCGCCGCUGCCAGACCGGCCAGGGGAUCUUUGCUUUCAAGUGCUCCCGGGCGGAGGAGAUCUUCAAUCUGCUACAGGAGCUCAUGCAAUGUAACAGUAUCAACGUGAUGGAAGAGCCAGUCAUCUUUCCCAGGACCAGCCACCCGACCCAGCUCCACCUGCCCCUUCCCAGGGCCCCCCACGCUCCCAGCGCUCUGAGCCGGUCGGGGCCGUGUCUCCUCCCAGCUCUGGGCUACACUGUGCACAGCUGCUUCCCUGGUGGCUUCCCGAGGCUUCCCGGGGAUGGGCCCCCCUACUCGGCUCCCCGGCCCCCGUCGGCGGGCAGCCUGCGCCACUCAUCGCUCGGGGAGGAGUCCACGCAUGCCCUCAUCGGGCCCGAGGAGCAGUCGCACACCUACAUCAACACGCCCGGCGGCGACGAGGGCGCGAAGAGCCAUCUGGGGGUGCCCAUGGGCGCGAUGCUCUUCUCCCCACUGCGGCCCGGCGCCCCCCUGGAGGAGCGGGACCCCCAGGUCUUCCUGCAGCCAGGCCAGGUGAAGUUCGUGCUGGGCCCCACGCCCCCCUACCGGCCCGUGGAGCGCUGUGGGAGCUUCUGCGGGGUGGCCCCCGCCUGCCCCGACCCGCGAGAACCCCACCCCCCGUACACCAACGACGACGAGGACGACGAUGACGACGACGACGGGGACGAGUGUCCGGCCGGGACAGGCUGGGCCUACGAGAAUGUGGCCGGGCCCCCAGGGCGCGGGGCCGGCUGGAGGCUGAGCCAGGAGGAGCUGAGCUGGGCCGGGAGCCAGCGCCGGGCCCCAGUGCUCCACUACGAGAACCUGCCCGCCCUGCCACCCGUCUGGGAGCGCCCGGCCCUCUGGCCGGGCCCUGGGGCCGGGGAGGGGUGGAGCCCGGCCCUGAACGGCUGCCCCCCCGGGGCUGGGGGCCAGGACCCGCUGCGGAACUACGUGAACACCCCCUGUGCCCGGGACCGGGCCUGGGAGCGGGACGCCGGCCUGCCCUCGCCCUGCCUGCCCUCGCCCCUCCCGCUCUCGCCCUGCCAGCCCUCGCCCCUCCCGCUCUCGCCCCGCCAGCCUGCCCCGGCCCGCGUCUUCAGCUUCGACUUGCGCGGGGCGGGCCCGGGCCAGCCUCGCCAGCUCAACUACGUCCAGGUGGAGCUGAAGGGCCAGGGCGGCGACGCCCCCAGAGCCAGCCUCCAGAGCCCCGGGGCACCCUGGGCCCUCGGGCCUGCCCCCGCCGCCCCCGCCCCCGCUCGCAGAGUGGACUCCUACGCCGUGAUCGACCUCAAAAAGACCGCGGCCAUGUCCAGCCUGCAAAGGGCCCUGCCCCGCGAUGACGGCACAGCCAGGAAGACCCGGCACAACAGCACCGAUCUGCCUCUUUAGGGGGAACGGCCCAGGGUCCCCCCGACACCCGGCCAACUCCUGGCCGCUCCUCCUCCCUGCACCUCAUCCUCAUGUUCGCUUCUCCCUCCUCUUCCUCCUCCUCUUCCUCCUCCUCUUUGGUUUCUAUUCUGGUACUGUUUGGCUGCUGCCCCCAAUGUAUGUAUGUGUGUGAGCGAAUAUGUGUAGGUGUGUGGGUGUCCAUCCCGGGUGUGGGGCCCCUUCCUCCCACCCCCUGACACACACACACAGGGUGGGCUGUGCAUCACUCCGGGGCCCCAGUGGGUUCACACCUUCUACAGCCAACAUCUCGGCUGGAUGUUCUCAAGGACCCCCGCCGUGUGCUUUUGGGGGUCCCCAGCUCUAGCCCUCGUGGACAAAGUGAGCAGUGGAGAGAGAAAAGCUGGACACCGCUGGGGGUUGAGCUGCCCCCUUGUCUGUCAGACCAACCGUCCGUCCAUCCGUCCGUCUGUUCUUCUGUUGGGGGUUUUUUUGUUGCUCUUUGGAAACGUUUUGUAUCUGUUUAUUUAUCGGGUUAUUUUUCUAUUUAUUGGUUUAAAUGUUAUUUAACAGAAUGAGUAAUAUAAUUUAUUUGUUUAUUUUAA